UCGGCUAGAAUCCACCUCCUCUCUUCUCCCUCCCUCUUCAUGGCGGCCGCAGCGGUGGCGGAGACUCGGAAGCCGCCGCGCCCCGGCGGCGGCGGGUACCGGGCACACGGCCUCACCGAGGAGGAAGCUCGCGUGAGGGCCAUCGGCGAGAUCGUGAGCUCCAUGGUGGACCUCUCUCGCAAGGGCCAGACCGUCGACCUCAACGCCCUCAAGUCCGCCGCGUGCCGCCGGUACGGCCUCGCCCGGGCCCCGAAGCUCGUGGAGAUGAUCGCGGCGCUCCCGGAGUCCGACCGCGACGCCCUCCUCCCGAAGCUCAAGGCCAAGCCCGUCCGCACCGCCUCCGGCAUCGCCGUCGUGGCCGUCAUGUCGAAGCCGCACCGGUGCCCCCACAUCGCGACGACGGGGAACAUAUGCGUGUAUUGUCCCGGGGGACCCGACUCGGAUUUCGAGUACAGCACGCAGUCUUACACUGGUUACGAGCCAACAAGCAUGCGUGCGAUUAGGGCUAGGUAUAAUCCGUAUGUCCAAGCCAGGGGUAGGAUAGAUCAGCUUAAGCGGCUGGGUCACAGCGUUGAUAAGGUAGAGUUCAUAUUGAUGGGCGGCACUUUCAUGUCUCUACCAGCGGAUUAUCGUGAUUACUUCAUCAGGAAUCUUCAUGAUGCUUUAUCAGGACAUACUUCAGCCAAUGUUGAAGAGGCAGUCACCUACUCAGAGCACAGUGCGGUAAAGUGCAUCGGCAUGACCAUUGAAACGAGACCUGAUUAUUGCCUUGGACCCCAUUUGAGGCAAAUGCUUUCCUAUGGCUGUACACGACUGGAAAUUGGGGUCCAGAGCACUUAUGAGGAUGUUGCACGUGACACUAAUAGAGGUCACACCGUUGCCGCUGUGGCUGAUUGUUUUUGCUUGGCAAAGGAUGCUGGUUUUAAGGUUGUUGCUCACAUGAUGCCGGAUCUCCCUAAUGUGGGGGUUGAGAGGGACUUAGAAAGUUUCCGGGAGUUCUUCGAAAGCCCCCUAUUUAGAGCAGAUGGACUUAAAAUAUAUCCUACCCUUGUGAUUCGUGGAACUGGGUUGUAUGAACUUUGGAAAACUGGCAGGUAUAGAAAUUACCCACCUGAGCAACUUGUGGAUAUUGUCGCAAGAAUCCUGGCAAUGGUGCCACCUUGGACACGUGUCUAUAGAGUUCAACGUGAUAUUCCCAUGCCUUUAGUCACUUCCGGUGUUGAGAAAGGAAACCUUCGUGAAUUAGCUCUUGCCAGAAUGGAUGAUUUAGGCUUGAAGUGCCGUGAUGUACGAACUCGUGAAGCUGGAAUACAGGACAUACACCAUAACAUCAAGCCAGAAGAAGUUGAGCUUGUUCGACGUGAUUAUUCAGCAAAUGAAGGUUGGGAGACAUUUUUAUCGUACGAAGAUACACACCAGGAUAUACUCGUUGGUUUGUUGCGCUUGCGGAAGUGUGGACGGAACACUACUUGCCCUGAGCUAUUAGGGAAGUGCUCUAUUGUUCGUGAGCUUCAUGUGUAUGGAACUGCUGUUCCAGUUCACGGACGUGACACCGAGAAACUGCAACACCAGGGUUAUGGUACACUUCUGAUGGAGGAAGCUGAACGAAUCACUCGUAGGGAGCAUAGAUCGACGAAAAUAGCAGUCAUAUCCGGUGUCGGAACUCGCCAUUACUACAGGAAAUUGGGCUAUGAGCUUGAAGGGCCUUACAUGGUGAAGUACCUCGAGUGACAAAUUUUGUAGAAUGUGUGUUGAGUUGCAUUAGAUAGCAUUGAUUUAAUCAUCAAUUUGUAUACUGGCGUGAGGCUAUGAUUUAUGAAUAUGUUAAAUCGCAAAAGAAACCAUCUAUUUUCCUUUCUUUA